UAUUUCCAAUUAAAAGCAGCCGACACGUGACGAGAGUUAUUGAUAAUGACGACGCUCCGACAACGCUCACGGAGGGGCGUUUGAUUCCCCUGUCGGAGAUUACGAGGGCUGUCCCGACUCACACUAUCGCUAACAUGCUCUAGACUUUCUCUGAUCGACAGCAUCUGUGCGAGGUUUUUUUUUAAUGCCUCUCAGCCUCACAUGUCCAUUUUGUACACAAAGAAAAGUGGCAGUCGUCUUUGAACAUAUAGUAGAGCCUUUUUUGUACAGAAGAGCGACUGAACGCCUAUGUACCACACAAAGGAAGUUGUUUAGUGGGUCCUUUUGGGUCAUCGUUUCAUCACCAUGCCAGAACAAACUAUCGCCAUUCCAGACCAGGCCUUCAUCACCUAUUCUUUUAAGUUCAUAGAAAAGCAACCCGUGCCAAGAAAAUCACAGAAAAUAGAAGAAAAUAGAAAUUAUGAUCAUUCUUCAACCGAAUACAACGAAUAUGACGUUAAAUUUGAUCCCCCGGAAUUGUCAAGAUUAACAAUGGCGACAGGUCCCCCUAACUACAAAAUUAUUCUCUGUGGCGAAUACGGUGUCGGGAAAAGUUCCAUCUUCAGACGGUUCAUGAAUGAUACCUUUACACUAGAAACCGGGAAAAAGUCCACUAUAGGACUGGACCAAAGCUCCAGGGGGUUUAAUGUCAGUGGAACGGACGUCAAGUUAACUCUUUGGGACACUGGUGGAAUGGAACGAAUGAGCUUCAUUGGCUCCAGUUAUUAUAGAGGUGCGCAUGCAGCCUUGUUGUGUUACAGUAUUAAGAACCGAGAGACAUUUACAAUUCUUUCACAGUACAUAUUAGACAUUGUCAUGAAUGCCGAGGGUGCCAAAAUUUUCCUCUGUGGCAACAUGGCUGAUUGUGAUGGCGAGGAUCAAGUGACUGAUGCUGACAUUGAGAGUUUCGAACGCGAGUGUGGUGACGUUUUAUCCGGAAUGUACAAAAUAUCCUGCAAAGACAACUCGGGGGUAUUCGAAAUGUUCAAAGACAUGGCUAGAGUUCUUCAUCAGGAGGCUUUAGGUAAAAUGACCUUGAGACGGGAAUUAAAUGUGAUUCGCCCAGGGGAAUCACCGGAAAAUGACGAAUCUCAGAAGAAAAAAUGCUGUUGAAUGAUUGUGUAAAAUAUUAGUAUGUUGGUCGCCAUUUGUGUAGAUAAAUCGUGUGUAUAAACAUUAUUUAGAAGAUACUGGUGUAAUCUGUGUACAUCGAAUAACUACAUGGGUUGAAAAUAUUCUUAUUUGUUUCAAUUUUCAAUGCAUGCAUGUAGGUGUCCUUAUUUUAUCAGAUAUUGAAGUAUUUAAUUUGUAUCUGAAUAUCCCGACAUUCUCACGUCGAUAUGUACAUACCAAUUUUGAUACACCACAGAAGAGAACGCUGGUUAUUCAUUGAUAUAUUCAUGCGGAUCCAGGAAUGGGGGCAGGGACCCCCUCAGGAAUGAGAAACAUGUAAAUUUGUAUUUUUUGCAGUUUAUAUAGUUUGCAGGUAUGGACCCUUUGUAAUUGUAGGGUGUACGAUUUGCAGUUUUUGUAUAGUUAGCAGGUAUGAACCCCCUCUCAGAAAAAAAAAUCUGGAUCCGCCCAUACCAUUUAUGCACUUUGAUAACCUCAGUGAAAAUAAAAUAUGACGGUUGAUCAGCUUGCUGAAUAUAAUUCAUUUUAUUGAAUAUGCGAUUUAACUAUUAUGUUUCUCAUUUGUGUUAUUAUCAUUGACCAGUACUGGGUCCAUUAUUGAACAUUCAUCCUUUUACAUCUUGUCCUAUAAUUCGGCUAAUAGAAAUAUUUGCGUGUCCACGUGAAUGGUUAUUUAUGCCAACUACAACAUUUUCAUAUUAUUUUACUACCUUUUUUGUAUACUUAUUUCAAACUUAAUGCAAUCCCUUACUUUCAAUUUUAAAACGAAAGUGCCUUGAUCAAAUAUACUCAAAAUUAUAGAUACAUGAACAAGUCUUCCUUUUUAAAUGCAUCAUUGUAUGUAAACAUGCAUGUUAUGAUCAGUAUUUCUGUUGUUGUAAAAUAUUGUUUCUAAACUGGAUAAAUAAAUGAUCGUGAACUUCUUAAACCAUC